AUUUUAUUUGCAUUGAAAUAUUAAACACUGCUCGCAAUAUUCUUAAGUUAAAGCACAUCUUCGCGACUAGUUCUGGCUUCCAUAACUUUAAAUGUCGCUUUUUAUGAUUUUUGACUGGCGCGACUUUAUAGUUAUGGACCAACCCCAUUAGGAAAGUCAACCAGAAAUUCCCGAAAAGUUGACAGUUAACAAAGACCGGUCCAAAACAGCUUUUAAAUGCAGUUGUUGGCCCAAAUCAACCACUUGAUUGGAAAGAUUGACAUUUUUCACAUUUAACUGAUAUAUUCUUUCACAAAAUACUAACUUAAACAUUUAAAAUGUAUCUAUUGUGCUCUUACAUAUCGAGAAAAACGGCGAUCUGACAGACUUUCUUGAAAUGCGAAUCUCCCGAGAUUUCACGGUCAUAUGACGUUAUUUCCAUUUUUAGUAACAAACCAUGUGCUCAGGUGUUUUCAAAUUCAGAAUGACAUUUCCCGGUAUUUUAAUUAUUCUGGCUUAUUUUGUAAACAAAUUGUAGUGUCAAUACAAAGUCAAAGUAAAUAUUAUAUAAAACUACCUGAUUCACAAUGAAAUCAGUCUUAAAAUCCACCAGACGUAAGUUGUUAAUCACAAAUAAUAGAAUUCAGAAAACGAAAGUAAUGUUUACAAUUUCAGCAUAAAAUGUCAAGGUUUAUCCGAAAGUAUCCAAAUGAAAACUCGUCACGUGACAAAGCUACAAUGGCGUCAAAAUUGUGAAUUUCAGACUGAUGAGAGUUAUUUUCAUCUAUUGUGGACCUCGCACAAAGAAAGGUCGAAAGUUGGAUAACCUGGCUAAUGCAUUUGACAUGGAGGUUGUGAAUGUGGAGAACUGUAUCUUACAAACCCUUGCUAAGAAAGUGGAGAAUCCUGACCAAGACAAUAUUGUGAUGAUGGUGCAGGAACUUCUUAAGAGUCAGGAUGGCUUGCUGCGUCUGGAUGGGGUGCUGAGAAUGGUAUCAAAGGCAAUAUCCCAGUGCAAUCAGAAUAAGAUCAUCCUAGUGGACCUCAUGCCAAACUUGACAUGGAUGCUGCGUAACAAAAACUUCAUCAAAGAGUGUUCACUAGAAUUUACCAAUUUCCAGGACCAGUAUCCCAUAUCCUUUGUGUUGAAUUUCAUGAUUACAAAAGAGAAGUUAGAAGCGCAAGCUGCCAAACAAACAACGGCGGAACAGGCAUCAAAGACAGCCCAACAGAAAAAUGCAAAAAAAAUAGAGUCACCUAAACAGUCAGAUGAGGCCGACUCAUCUAGGACUCAGAAACGAAUCCUCCUCUAUGAAGAGAGUAUAAAGCACUUCAUGGAAUAUUUUGAAACGCGUAACAAGAUUGUUUCCAUCGACGUCUCUAGUGGUGCUGAGGAUGCCAUAUGGGCCAAGCUGUGUGAAUUCUUCUCCAAAUUUGACUGCCAGUCAAGAAGAAUAGUUGAGUCAGUGAUCAUAUUUGGCUUUGGUGAGAGAGAGCUGUCAGAGAUAGACAUGUCCAGAUACAAUGUCACCAACGUGAAAUUGAAAGACUUCAUCAAGGAAGGGUCCUCAUCACCGGAAGAAAUCAUAAUGGAGCUGUGUCACUGUAUAGAUGACUCUGCACCACCCAAGCGUGUGUUUGCAGUGGACCUCUCGGACACUGGAAUUAGCAAGGAUCUUCCAAAAUCAAAAUCCAUAAAGCAGAUACAGUUCACAGAAGCUGGCGACCAAUGUAAAAUGAGCCGAUACUGCUCCAGGAAUAUUUCAGUCAAAGGGGAUUCUAUGACCUUACAAGCGGUUGCUUCAGUAAACAAUGAAGUUUGCCUGUUCACGAAAUCAGUGCCUCAUGACCUGUGUAAGUGGAUCGCCCAAACGCUGUUUGAAGGCAGAAACAAGAAGCAAAGAUCCUGAUGACGUCAUAAUUGGCGCAUUCCACGUCCAUGUAUUCUGGUUGAUGUUCAGUUAGAAGAUACAUUUUGUGCAAGCGGUUCAGUUCAAACAACAAAAGUUUUAUUGUUAUUCUUUAAAAUGUUUAAAAAAACUGUGGUAGUGAAUCUAUUGGAGACAAACUUUUUGGCAUAUUAAGCUGUAUCAAUUCUUAUAUGCAAAUGUUGGUGAGAUGUUUAUACAUGUAUUGAACAGAAUACAUUCAUACAUAUAGUG